CGCACACCAUCUGCACAGCCGGAGAGAUCCGCUAUCGUCAGUCAGUCGGCGACCUGCAAGUCUGACAGAGAUGCAGCACCGCAACACAGCCGCCUGGAGAUUCACUUCUCCCGCUCGUCGAUCUGACGCUAACGAAGUAUCAAGCUCGCAAUUUCUGCGAGCUUAGACUUUCGAUGUUCACUCUCUCUUCCAGGCUUUCCAAUGUUCACUCUCUACUUCCUCUAACACAUACAUCUGGUCAAAUUGGAUGCAUCUGCGUCCUUCUCCCGUUGGAUGCCCUUGGCGUAGGUUCGUCAACGUGACUGGCUCAUUGGAGGUCACGGCGUCUGGAGCCCUUUGUCAGCGCCCAAUUAUCAGGUACAGCAGGGCGGCACAUCACACCAAGUGUGAUAGCAACUGACCAUAUGUUGUGUGUGACUCUGCUGUGCGCAGGACUCGAGCACCAUGUCGGCCUCUUCAUCAGCCGGGCAGGAGCCACAGCCACCACAGCAGCAGGAGAUGAAGAUAGAGAAGGUGGAGGCCCGCUUCCCGCCCAACACCAACAGUGCGACCAAGCGGCUCGUCCAGGGCAUCAUGCGCCGCACAAUCACACCUGACGGCGUCCGGCAGCUCGUCCGCAAGGGGGCCAACCCUGCCGUCUGCAUCGACCUCAUCGACCUGGAUGAUCAUGAGGAGUAUCGGCUGCGUGUGUGUCUGCUGUCAUUGGCCAUCGACGACUGGAGCACUCCCACGGCACUCGAGGCCUUCAUAGCUGUGGACCACAGCGGUGCACGGCUGGCGCUGCCGCUGUGGCCAUCGCGUGGGACGCAAGCGGCCAUCCUGUCGGCUCUCAUCCAGGAGGGCGUCGGGCUCAAUGGGCCACCCAAGCCAUCAUCACCCACGCACGUCGAGACCACCAGGAUCACCAUUGAUGCAUCAGCACGUCCUGGACGGAUCACCAACGCUAUGGCUCCCAUCGAGGUGGCGGUGUGGGCAGGCAAUGUGACGGCGGUCAAGACCCUCGUGGCCAACGGGGCGGCUCUGCAGCAAGGGCGGCCGCUGGCCUCCCUGCGAGAUGGAGUGCGUUCCAGCGAGCAGUACGAGGCGGCCCUGAUGGCCAUCUACACCUACCUCGUCAAGCUCGACCCCUCCCUCUCCACCGAGGCGACGGCCAGUGACUGGAAUGUCAUCCAUUCGGCAGCCAGUGCCGGUCCCAUCUACUCGGAGGCCUUCAUCCGCAGCUACCUGCAGCUGAUGAUGGACAACGGCGCCAGCAUCACGGCCGCACAGCAGCCGCCGAUGUUUCAGCCCCUGCAUCGAGCAGCGUCCUCUUCGUCCCAUCACGUCAUCGAGUGGCUAUGUCAACACCUCAGCCCCGCAGACAUCAACACAGCCAGAGGGGGAGGAGUCCACCGGACGGCUUUGGGCAUCGCUGCCCGCAGGGUCGCCCUCUGGCAGAGUCGACCCCCGUCCGAGCAGCGUGAUGAGAUGGUCAGCGGGAUGCAGCGGGCCAUCCGCACGCUGCUGACAUCAGGAGCAGCCAUCGACAUGGUGCAGACGCCACAGCAGCUGCCACCCAACGCCGGGCAGAUCUACCGAGCGGCGCACGGUGUGGUGUUGGCCGAGUACCUCACCGUGCUCAACGACGAGCUGCCGCAGGCCGUCAUGGACGGCGUCAACGGCGCCCUCAGCCCCCAGCGUGACGCAGCCAACAUGCUGACGCGGCUGCUGCCCCUCGCCCGCCCCUCCCCACCCGCCAACCCCACUGAGCCAUCCACUGCUGCUGCAGCACAUGCCCCUGCUGCCCCCUCCCCCUUCGCCAUCACGGAUGCGACGGCCCAGGUGGCCUGGAAGAUCGGCGCCUUUUUGCACGAGCCAGAGGCCGUCGACACACGGCGGGGGACAUAGAGUGAAAGGACAUAUUGUAAAAAUCGAUCGAAUGAAGGCGAUUUUUUCAAAUUUUCAGCCAUCAUGUGGGAAGAACUGAUCGAAAUCGAAGC